CCAAGUCCGAGCGUCGGAAACGUUUUUCGUGGAAGGAGAAGAGCUCAACGACGACCAUAUUUCCGACGCGGAGACUUUUUAAUUUAUUUUUUUCCUCAGUAAUCUCAUAACCAAAAUUCUCGAUAGACGAUCUCUUCUUCUUCUUCUUCUUAUUUUCUCGUGAUACUCAUCAAGUGUUUUUUUUUUCUUUUUCGCGUUCACCAAAUUUUGACUUUGAAUUUGCGUAGUAUUCAAGCACAUUCUGGGUUUAUUCGUUUUAGCAAGACAUUGAUUUUGUCAAAGUUACGUUUUUUUUUUCUAUAAAAGAAUAAAAAUUUCUUUUUUUUCUUCUUCCCUUUCUCUUUACUCUUUUUCUACCCCAUGUUGUAGAUUCUUAGAUUCUCCCCCAAAAUUUGAAGAAAGGAGAAACUAAAGGGUCUUUUUGAGAUUCCUUUUUAGCUGCAGUUUCGUGAUUAGAUCGUUUCUUGUAUCCACAAAAAGCGGAGAGAAAUCGUGUUUUGGAUUUUUGGUUUUUCUUCAAAUAUUGGGAUCUUAUCUGAUCCCAGGAUUUCGCCUAAAAACUUCUCGAGGUAAAAGAAUUUAGCUGCAUUGGCUAUGAACAGAUAGUUAUUUAGGCACUAUGGGUUGGUUUAACAAGAUCUUCAAAGGCUCUAACCAAAGGUUCCGGGUCGGGGAAGGGCAACAUCACAAUGGCUGUUACGAGAAUUAUCCGAAUGCACAUUCUUCACAUGAUGAGCCUAGUGUAGAUACAGAUGCUGAUCCUGAUGAUCCUCAUACACAGGAAACAUCUACCUCUGAGGAUACGUCGAAUUACCAGGAGAACGAAGAGAUAGACCGUGCAAUUGCAUUGUCUCUUUUAGAAGAGAACCAAGGACAGACAAAUACAGGAGGGAAACACGUAAUGGUGGAUGAAGAUGAGCAACUUGCUAGAGCCAUACAAGAAAGUAUGGUAGUUGGGAAUUCACCGCGUAACAAAAAUGGAAGUACAUAUGACCAUGGGAAUGCAUACGGGACUGCAGAUUUAUUCGGGAAUGGUCAUAUGCAUGGAGGAGGAAAUGUAUUUGCAAAUGGAGACAUAUAUUACCCAAGACCUAUUCCUUUUUCAGUGGACUACAGGUACUUAGAUAGCCAAUCAUAUAUAGCCGGUCAAAGUUUCUUUUGAGAAUCCUGAACUCAACAAGGAUGCUUUCGAUGUUAUGGCUGCAGUCACCCGAUUUCUGAGUACGAGUUUUCAACAUCUGGGAACUACCCUUUUCACAAGGCUUGUUACAAGGAGAGAUAUCAUCCAAAAUGUGAUGUCUGCAGCCUCUUUAUUCCAACAAAUCCUGCUGGUCUUAUUGAAUAUAGGGCACAUCCUUUUUGGGUCCAGAAGUAUUGCCCUUCUCACGAACACGAUGGUACCCCAAGAUGUUGCAGUUGCGAAAGAAUGGAGCCACGGAAUACGGGAUAUGUUGAGCUAAAUGAUGGGCGUAAACUUUGCCUCGAGUGUCUGGACUCAGCGGUCAUGGACACUAGUCAAUGCGAACCUCUGCACUUGCAGAUAGAAGAAUUCUAUGAAGGACUUAACAUGAAGGUCGAGCAGGAAGUUCCACUGCUCUUGGUUGAGAGGCAAGCACUUAACGAAGCCAGAGAAGGUGAAAAGAAUGGUCACUAUCACAUGCCAGAGACAAGAGGACUCUGCCUUUCAGAAGAACAAACUGUUAGUACUGUAAGAAAGCGAUCAAAGCAUGGCACAGGAAAUUGGGGUGGGAAUAUGAUUACAGAGCCGUACAAGUUAACUCGUCAAUGCGAGGUUACUGCCAUUCUCAUCUUAUUUGGGCUCCCUAGGCUACUCACUGGUUCGAUUCUAGCUCAUGAGAUGAUGCACGCGUGGAUGCGGCUCAAAGGAUUCCGGACACUGAGCCAAGACGUUGAAGAGGGAAUAUGUCAAGUGAUGGCUCAUAAGUGGUUAGAAGCCGAGUUAGCUGCUGGUUCAAAAAACAGCAAUGCUGCUUCGUCAUCAUCUUCUUCUACUUCUUCUAGAGGAGUGAAGAAGGGACCACGAUCGCAGUACGAGAGGAAGCUUGGUGAGUUCUUCAAGCACCAGAUCGAGUCUGAUGCUUCUCCGGUUUAUGGAGACGGGUUCAGGGCCGGGCGGUUAGCAGUUAACAAAUAUGGUUUGCGAAAAACACUUGAGCAUAUACAAAUGACCGGGAGAUUCCCGUAUUAAGAACCCACAUGGACAAGGUCUUUCCCUUUUGAUUGGGUUUUUUAUUUAUAGGAUACUUGGUAGAUUGUUAUUAAUAUAUGCUCUAUUCUUUUGGUGAAAUAUGAAAUUUCUCGACCAUAUUCUUAUGUGA